UCAAGUAGUUGGUGCGAGAUCAUCUCCAUUUCUAUUAAUCCGAGAUGCCAAAGUAAUAGGCUGACUGAAUGCCAAAACCAGCUCGGGAAUGCAAUAAACGGCAUUUUGGAAAUCAUUAAAUUCGAUUUUCCAUUCCGGUUCUGCCCCACUUUCUGCCGCCAGAGUGCUGUUCCUUCUUGUCACAGUAAUUUGACAUUGUUGGCCCAACCGAGCCAAAGCAUGGAGAAGAUCGUGCUCACUUUUCCGAUCAUUAAGUAG